AUGGUCCAUAUCCCCAUGGUCCAUAUCACCACGGUCCAUAUCCCCAUGGUCCAUAUCACCACGGUCCAUAUCCCCAUGGUUCAUAUCACCACGGUCCAUAUCACCAUGAUCCAUAUCACCAUGGUCCAUAUCACCAUGGUCCAUAUCACUAUGGUUCAUAUCACCAUGGUCCAUAUCACCAUGGUCCAUAUCACCAUGGUUCAUAUCACCACGGUCCAUAUCACCAUGGUUCAUAUCACCACGUCUCUCACCAAGUCGCUGCUGGCCGUGGCUUUCCUGUCCUCGUUCGGUAGCUCCAUGCUCUAUGGCUACAACCUGGCCGUGGUCAACUCUCCUGCAGAGUACAUCAAGGCAUUCUACAACCAGACGAUGAUAGCAAGGAACGGGACGGGUCUGGACGACAAGAAGCUUACGUUGUUCUACUCCGUCACCGUGUCUGUGUUUGCCAUCGGGGGCAUGGUGGGCAGCCUCAUGGUGGGCAUACUAGUCACCAGAUUUGGAAGGAAAGGGACCCUGGUGAGAAUCACAUGUCUGGUGUUUAUAGCUGGAGCCUUCAUGGGCUUCAGCAGGACCUUCGGCUCUCCAGAGAUGAUCAUUGUUGGACGCUUCAUCACAGGGGUACACUCAGGUAUCUCUCUGAGUGUGGUUCCAAUGUACCUGGGGGAGAUAGCACCUAAGAACCUGCGAGGCUUCCUGGGCCUUGUGCCUAGCAUCUUUAUCUGUCUAGGAGUCUUCAUCGCUCAGAUCCUGGGUCUACAUGAACUACUGGGAAAGGAAGAGCACUGGCCCCUCUUCCUGUCUCUGGUGGUGAUCCCGACCAUGUUCCAGCUGAUGCUGUUGCCAUGGUUCCCAGAGAGCCCGCGGUACCUGCUCAUAGAGAAGAGGAAUGUCCACGCCACCAUCACAGCUCUGAAGUGGUACCGGUCCAAAGCGAACAUCCAGGCAGAGAUCGAGGAGAUGCAGGAGGAGCAGAGGUCCAUGUCCUCGGUCCAGACCGUGUCGGUCAUCGGUCUGCUGAAGGACCGGAGCGUCCGAUGGCAGGUCAUCACUAUAGUGGUGGUUAAUAUCGGCAUGCAGCUGUCCGGUAUCGACGCGAUCUGGUUCUAUACCAACACCAUCUUUGAGAACGCAGGUAUCCCAGUCCCUCAGAUCCAGUACACCACGGUUGGAACCGGAGCCAUCGAGGUUAUCGCUGGAUGCGUAGGGUGCUUCACCAUUGAACGGCUGGGCAGAAGACCUCUGAUGAUUGGUGGAUUCACCUUCAUGGGAAUUUGCUGUGCAGGGAUCACGCUGUCCCUCAUGUUCCAGUCCCACUACAUCAGUGUUGCCUGUGUGGUGGGGAUCAUCGCUGGCUUCUGUAUAGGACCAGCUGGAGUACCCUUCCUGAUUACAGCAGAGCUGUUUAAACAGUCCCAUCGUCCGGCUGCCUACACCGUGGCUGGAUGCCUCAACUGGCUGUCCAACUUCACCAUCGGUUUUGUCUUCCCCUUCCUACAGAUGUCGGCAGGGGCCUACUGCUACCUGGUGUUCUUUGGCGUGUGCAUGGCAGUGGCGGCCUACGUCUUCUUCAUCGUCCCCGAGACCAAGAACAAGACGUUUGUGGAGAUCAGCCAGAUGUUCGCGGCCAGGAACGGCAUGCUGGAGGAGGAGAGCAGCGAACUGGGCGUCGCUAAAAACCUCAAACUAGCCAAGAUGAACGGCUAUGGUGCCGUCGACCUGGAGCACGAAGUGAUGGAGAAGAAGAAGUAGAGAAGGGGAAAGGGAGAGGGAGAGCGAUAGAGACGUGGGUAGUCUAAAAGUGUCUCUUCAUCUGUACUGAUCUGAAAACACCCCACUGGGCACAGACGUCAGUUAAACGUCUAGUUUGGAUUUCCAUUUGGUUGAGUUGUCAACUAACGUGAAGUCAAUGUGAAAUCAACAUAAAAUGUCACCAUGAUAUUGGCUUUAGGUUAAAAGUUAGUUUAAAAAAAAAAAAAAAGCCAAAAUGCCCUUUUUGCAAAUCCAAUUAGUUUCCCACGUUGAUUCAACGUCAGCACACUGAAUUGAUUUAUUGAAAUGACGUGGAAACAACGUUGAUCCAACCAGUUUUUGCCCGGUGGGACAGAAUAGGUGAAAGCAAUGUGGUGGAAUUGGUGGACUUUGCUUUUCCCUGCCCAGUUAAUGCAGACAAAGAAAAACCAUCUAUUUCGAUUCAUUGUUCAGUAUUUCAUUUCGUUCUUCUUCUGGAUCUGUGUUCAUGGUGUACCUGUGUCAGUCUACCACCACAAACCCCCUUAUGGAAGACCUCUAGGAUAGUGUGUGAGAUGUGUGGUGGUGUUUUAAUGUUUUCUCAAUGGUGUCUAAGUUUAAUUAUGUCCAUAUCCACGUAAAUGAAAAACAUUUUGGACAGAACUCUAUCUCCAUACCGUUCCUAAAUGUAACAUUUAAUGUUACCAGUUGUACAGUAACCAACAUAGACUCUAUGAACUGUUUGGAAGUGAGCACGUCUACAACCAUUAGGUUUCACUCUCCUCUCAGUUAUAUGUGCCUCUCUUUCCGUGAAUCACGCUGAAAGUCUUCUUCUCUCAAUCUGUCUGAAAACCUUUCCUACAGUAUAGAGGGAAUGUAUUUAUUUAUUGACACAGCAACAGUAUCAUGAUAUGAAUGCAGUAUCUGACGUUUACCAUUUUCCUGAUCACUGGUUUUGACAGAACAUGAGGUCAGUCCACAUCAUGUGGACGGUAUAGUUUUAGAAACACUAUCAGGUGUUAUAAUGCCUUAACAACAUAUUCCUAGCACAUUAUAAGGUGCUAUGAUCCUUUAUAAGGCAUCAUAAGAAGGUGCUCCAAGUGUUACAGUGUCUCUGAUCAUGUUUACCUUGCUUAGCUGAAGAGAGAACCAAUAACUUGAGUUUGCUUGUUUAUGUAUUUUUUCUUCUCUCUUUUGCGUAAGAGAGUUUGUAAAUGUGGCUACUGUAGUAGUCAUUCCAUAUUCCGAGGCAGGAUAAGUUAUAUAUUGUACGUUAUAUUGUACAUGUUAAACAGAUAUGCACAAGAAAGUGUGUAGGAGGAUAUAUACAUUAUACACUGAGUGUACAAAACAUUAGGAACACCUUCCUAAUAUUGAGUUACACCCUCUUUUGCCAUCAGAACAGCCUCAAUUCGUGGGGGCAUGGACUCUACAAGGUGUCGAAAGCGUUCCACAGGGAUGCUGGCCCAUGUUGACUCCAAUGCUUCCCACAGUUGUGUCAAGUUGUCUGGAUGUCCUUUGGGUGGUGGACCAUUGUUGAAACACACAGGAAACUGAUGAGUGUUUAAAAACCCCAGCAGCGUUGCAGUUCUUGACACACUCAAACCGGUGCGCCUGACACCUACUACCACCUACUAUUCACCAGGUCAGUCGAUGUCAUGAAAAGAGCAGGUGUCCUUAAUGUUUUGUAAACUCAGUGUAUAUCGUACGUUAAAUUGUACCUAGAAUAAUAGUGAAGACAUCAAAACUGUGAAAUAACACAUAUGAAAUCAUGUAGUAACCAAAAAAGUAUUACACACCCUUUGCCUUGAUGACAGCUUUGCACACUCUUGGCAUUCUCUCAACCAGCUUCAUGUGGUAGUCACCUGGAAUGCAUUUAAUUUAACAGGUGUCCCUUGUUAAGUUAAUUUGUGGAAUAUAGGGGUGUCCAAACUUUUGACUGGUACUGUAUAUAUUUAUACAGCGCCUUGCGAAAGUAUUCAACCCCUUGGCAUUUUUCCUAUUUUGUUGCAUUACAACCUGUAAUUUAAAUUGAUUUUUAUUUGGAUUUCAUGGAAUUGACAUACACAAAAUAGUCAAAAUUGGUGAAGUGAAUUGAAAAAAAUAACUUCUUUCAAAAAUCUAAAAUAAAUUUUAAAAAUGGAAAAGUGAUGUGUGCAUAUUUAUUCACCCCCUUUGCUAUGAAGCCCCUAAAUAAGACCUGGUGCAACCAAUGACCUUCAGAAGUCACAGAAUUACUUCAAUUGCACACAGGUGAACUUUGUUUA